UUUAUGAAACAAAUGCUAAUGAGGCAAAGUGCACGUGGUAAAUGCUGAACGUUCGCCGCUGGUACUGAACUGGUGGUGAUAACUGCUGAACGUAUAUGUUGAUCAGACCAACUGUAUCGAAAGCCAGUCAACUGAACAUUAGUUUCUAUCUACACAAUGUAUUCUCUAAGCUCCCAAAAACAGUUUUGGACAUUUAAAACUGAGCAGGAGUUGACGGAACUACGAGUGAAACAGAACUUACGGUUCAUCAAUAAGCAUGGAGCCGGCAUGACGGAUGAACAAAAACAGGGAUAUUUCUUGUCGGCUGAUGAGGAACGGUUAUUGCUGAAGCAGUAUGAAUUGCAGCUAAAGGAAUUUUGUAAAAGAUUUGAGCCACCGAUGCCAAAGUACGUAGUUGGAACAGCAUUUCACUACUUCAAGCGGUUUUAUCUCAACAAUUCCUCUAUGGACUACCAUCCAAAAGAAAUAUUAGCAACGUGUGUUUAUUUGUCCUGUAAAGUGGAAGAAUUUAAUGUUUCCAUCGCCCAGUUUGUUGCUAACAUCAAAGGAGAUCGAAGCAAAGCUAUGGAUAUAAUUUUAUCAAACGAGUUGUUACUAAUGCAGGAAUUAAAUUAUUAUCUUACAAUACAUAAUCCUAUGAGACCGAUUGAAGGAUUUCUGAUCGACAUAAAAACACGAUGUAGUAUGAGUAAUCCCGAUCGACUGCGGCCAGGAAUUGAGGAUUUUAUCGAUAAAACAUUCCUAACCGAUGCUCCGUUGAUGUAUGCACCAUCGCAGAUAGCUCUGGCUGCGGUUUUGCAUGCUGCCAGUAAAGAGCAAGAAAACUUAGAUAGCUAUGUCACGGAAUCGUUGUUUGGUGCCGCCAAGGACAAAUUACCUGUUCUAAUUGAGGCUGUUCGAAGGGUUCGAUCAAUGGUCCGUACUAUUGAGCUUCCACAAAAGGAGCGCGUACGAUUCCUCGAAAAAAAGUUAGAAAAAUGUCGCAAUCAAGAAAAUAAUCCCGACAGUCAGAUUUACAAACAACGCAUGAAGAAAAUGUAUGAAGAUGAAGAUGAUCUGGAUGUUAUGGGAUCCUCGUAUCAUAUGAAUGUUUCAGAUGUAAAUCUAGAUGUGUCGCAAAACACAAGCAUCCCGGGAAACAUGACUGUGGAAUAAGUCUUUGGAGAACCCUGACAACAUAUGGUGAACAGAUAAGUAAAU